CUUUAUAUCUCCAACUCUCUCUAGGUGUAUAUCUCCUUAAAGAAAAGGAUUUUAAAAAAAUGAUAUCAUUACAAGAUUUGUUUAAUGUGUUAUCAAAUAUAGUACCCCUUUAUGUAGCAAUGAUAGUAGCAUAUGGUUCCGUGAAAUGGUGGAAAAUAUUUACACCAGACCAAUGUUCAGGAAUCAAUAGAUUUGUUGCUCUUUUUGCUGUUCCUCUUCUUUCAUUUCAUUUCAUCUCAAAAAACAAUCCUUAUGCAAUGAACUACCGCUUCAUUGCGGCGGAUACUCUCCAAAAACUCAUUGUCUUAUUUGUCCUUUUUCUUUGGUGUAUGCUUAGUCGUAGAGCCGGUAGUGGUGGUGGUGGUGGUGCUGGUGCUGGCUCGCUCGAGUCGUCUAUCACCUUGUUUUCACUUUCCACACUACCCAACACUCUUGUGAUGGGUAUUCCUUUGUUAAAGGGGAUGUAUGGAGAUUCUUCAGGGGAAUUGAUUAUGCAAAUUGUUGUGUUACAGUGUAUUAUAUGGUAUACUAUAUUGUUGGUUAUGUUUGAGUUUAGGAGUGCAAGGUUAUUAAUUUCAGAAAGAUUUCCUGAUAAUUCGGAAUUAAUUACAUCAGUUAAGGUUGAUUCUGAUGUUGUAUCACUUGAUGGGAAAGAGGGUUUGGAAACUGAGGCCAAAAUUGGGGAUGAUGGGAAAAUUCAUGUUAAAGUUAGAAAAUCAAUGAGUUUUAGAUCAGAGGGUUUUAGGGUUCCUUCUAACUUGACUAAUGUAGAUAUUUAUUCACUUCAAUCUUCUAAGAGGGUUUCUAGUUUUAAUGAGAUUGAUACUUUUUACUCUUUUGUGAAUGAUAAUAGAAAGGGUGGUGGUAGUAGCAGUAGUAGAAGUCUAGGGGUUUCGAGUUUUCGAAAUUUUGGGUUUGAUGAGGAGAAACAAUGUGGUGGUGGUGGGGAAUAUCGAAAGCCUUCAACGGGAGGGAUAUUUGCACCGGUCGAGGAGCCGACACCGAGGAAGGAGGAGAUGAUGAAUAAGGGUGAUGAUAGUGGUGGGAGAGGUUUGCAUGUGUUCAAAGGGAGUGAUGAAAACUAUCAUGUUCAUGAAGGGAAAAAUGCUAACCCUAAAGAUUAUGAUAAUUAUGGAAAGGAUGGGCUCGAAGUUGAGAACAAAUGUGGCAAGAAUGGGCAAGAAGUUGAAGGCCCAAUGUUAAAUCACUGUUCAAUAAAAGUUGAUAAGGCCGAGCCCAAAACUGCUGCUCUAUGUGAGCCCAAGCCCACUUCAAUGCCACCUGCUACAGUGAUGACUAAGCUCAUUUUGAUCAUGGUUUCAAGAAAACUUACAAGGAAUCCUAACACUUACGCUAGUAUUAUAGGCCUUGUUUGGGCCUUGAUCUCAUUCAGGUGGCAAGUUGAAAUGCCUGUAAUUGUGGCUAAUUCCGUCAAAAUUCUUUCUGAUGGAGGGCUUGGGAUGGCAAUAUUUAGUCUAGGUUUGUUCAUGGCAUUGCAGCCAAAAAUAAUUGCCGGUGGGCAUGCAAUGGCCGCCUACGCGGCGGUGGUGAGGUUCUUCAUAGGCCCUGCUAUAAUGGCAACUGCUUCGGCUAUUGUUGGGUUGAAAGGAGUUCUCUUAAAGGUUGCUAUUCUACAGGCUACUCUACCACAAGCGAUUUUACCUUUUGUCUUUGCCAAAGAAUACAAUCUUCAUCCUGAAAUUCUUAGUACCGCGGUUAUCUUUGGAAUGUUGAUAGCUUUACCAAUUUCACUGGUUUAUUACAUCUUAUUGGGCCUUAUUAUUAAGUGAGGGAACUAGCAGCAUGCACAAAAAAAAAAAAAAAAAAAAAUAAAAAGCUAGAAAAAGCAACUGGAGUACUUGGAAUUGUUCUUAGAAUUUACUCCUAUUUUGGGUGGUAUAUUAAUAAAAGAAAUUUAAUUUUAUCUCUUUUUUUGGGUGGUACAUUAAUAAAAAUAUUAUUAAUUCUAAAGGGUGCGUUCUAUUCACCGGAUUUUUACUUA